ACCUAAACAUCAUUAUGGUUAAUUUAUUUACGCUUUGAAAUUGAUAACAAGUGUGAUAGUGUGAAUAUUAGUACUCUUACAACUAAGAUAUUAAUUAAUUCAAUCGAAAAUAUUUAUCAAUCGUUAUUGUAUUGUCUUGUAUAUAUCAAUCAGUUUCAUAUGCAAAACUUAAUACUACUUAUGUUUCAUUCAAUUUGGUUUUAUUAAAUACCAGAAAUAAAUAUAUUCUAUUAUACGUGUAUUCACGCGUUCGUUUAUUCAAUAAUAAUGUAAUGCCAUUGGUUAUCAGAAAUAGCGCGAUUUGUUGUUUGUUAUUUCAAAAUAGCACUCAUGAUGAUAUAUUCUAUCAGUUGGUGACAGAGAAAGGGAAUGAAGAAGAGAAAAAACACCAAAUAUGCUUAUUUGAACGUCACAUAGCUGCACUCAUAACCAAACUUGAACACAUUUUAUAAAUGUGUCAGUUUUGAUUAUUCUCAUACAAUAUAAAUGUCAACGAUAUUUGACAUUAGCAGUAAGAUAUUCAACCGUAUUGUUCGUUGAAUUCUGAAUGCUCGUGAUUGAAAAAUGAAUACAGCUUCCGGACGAAUCGAAAAAAUCCCAAAGGAAUAUCAGCAUGGCCUUCUAUUUGCUGUUACUCAGGAAAACAAGUGUGUUGGAGUAAGACUUUUCUCUAACAACGGCCAGUCAAACGAGAAUUCCAACAUAAGACUAGAUAACUACAUUGAUCAAUCGGUUAAAAGAGCCAUUGAAUUGAAAUCAUCGGUUGAAGAUGGACGUUGCGACUUUGAAAGAAAUAGAGAAAUCGUUCUGAGUACAUCCACCAAAUUUACAGAUACUGAAUCUCUCAUUCGCUCACGGACAAAAGGGAUUCAACACACAUUGAUAGAAGUUGAAAAUCGAUUUAUUGGCUUGGGCAAAAUAAUAAUUCGGUCUGUUCAAACUGGAAAAUGUGAAUUGCUAAAAUGUGAAAUAUGUUUAGGAGAAAUGUACCUUCUAUCCGAAAAAAUGCUGACACCGCUCAUGCUGAAAAAAAAUCCAGAAAUUGUUCGUGGAGUUUCAAAACUGUGUCGGUAUACGGUUACAGACAAACGACGGCCCGGGCAAUCGCGUACAGAAUGCUCGAAGAUUCGAUCGUAUGCAAAUAAAACUUUUGGUGGCUUCAAGACGGUGAUGGGGUACAAAAAUGAAGAAG